AGCGCUGGCCGGCGAGGGGCGGCGGGCGUGCGGGACCGGCGUGCGCACAGGCGGAGUCCGGGGAGGGCGCGUGGGCGGCUGGGAGAGGAUGGGAAUCCCUGGGACCCGCGGCUGAGCUAGCCCGAGCGGCGGGAAGGCCAGCCUCGCUGUUCCACCGGGAGCCCAACACCGUUCCCGCGCCGCCAGGAUGAUCCCCCCGAGCGGCGCCCGCGAGGACGGCGUGGACGGGCUGCCCAAGGAGGCGCCGAGCGCCGAGCAGCCGCCCUCUCCUGCAUCCACCAGCAGCCAGGAAUCUAAGCUCCAGAAACUAAAACGAUCACUUUCUUUCAAGACCAAGAGUUUACGGAGCAAAAGUGCUGACAACUUCUUCCAGCGAACCAACAGCGACGUGAAGCUGCAGGCUGACAUGCUGGCUGAGGUCAGCCCCAGCUCCAGCCCACUCCCCGCCUCUGGAAGCCUGACGUCCACACCCACCAGGGCCAGCCUGCAGCCAGGGGCUGGUGGCAAGGCCCACGCCUUUCAGGAGCACAUCUUCAAGAAGCCCACUUUCUGUGAUGUCUGCAACCACAUGAUCGUGGGAGCAAACGCUAAGCAUGGGCUGCGCUGCAAGGCCUGUAAGAUGAGUCUCCACCACAAGUGCAUGGAUGGCCUAGCACCCCAGCGGUGCAUGGGCAAGCUGCCAAAGGGGUUUCGGCGUUACUACAGCUCCCCCUUGCUCAUUCAUGAACAGUUUGGAUGUAUUAAAGAAGUUAUGCCCAUCGCCUGUGGCAAUAAGGUGGACCCUGUCUAUGAGACCCUCCGCUUCGGCACCUCCCUGGCCCAGAGGACGAAGAAGGGCAGCUCCGGCAGUGGCUCUGAAUCACCACACAGAACCUCUACUUCAGAUCUUGUGGAGGUUCCUGAAGAAGCUGAUGGGCCAGGAGGAGGAUAUGACCCACGGAAACGCAGCAACAGUGUGUUUACUUAUCCAGAAAAUGGCACUGACGAUUCCAGACACCAAGCAAAGAACAUAAACCACCAGGGAUCUCUUUCCAAAGAACCAUUACAGAUGAACACCUAUGUUGCCUUGUACAAAUUUGUACCACAGGAGAAUGAAGAUUUGGAAAUGAGGCCAGGAGACAUGAUUACUCUUCUAGAAGACACCAAUGAAGACUGGUGGAAAGGGAAAAUUCAAGACAGGAUUGGCUUCUUUCCGGCCAACUUUGUUCAGAGAGUACAACAAAAUGAGAAGAUCUUUAGAUGUGUUAGGACCUUCCUUGGUUGUAAAGAACAGGGGCAGAUGACAGUGAAGGAGAAUCAGAUCUGCGUGACUUCCGAAGAGGAGCAAGAUGGCUUUAUCAGAGUCCUCAGUGGAAAGAAGAGAGGCCUUGUCCCCCUGGAUGUCCUAGAAAACAUCUGAUUGCUGGCCCCUCCUGCUUUGGCAGUGGCCGGGCUCUGCUGCGGUGCCUCAUCUCACACUGUGUCCACGCAGAGGAGCUGCCACACUGACCCACCCUCCCCCCUGGGAAACAGUGAGACAAGACUCAUGGGUCUGAGACUGGGGUAUCAGCCACAGACAGAGGGUGCAUCUCAUAGCAUUGCCAGGCUGCCCAAGGUGAGGGCGAGGCUGCCCAAAGUG